AACACUUUAAUCCUGGACUGGCUGCCCCAGAACGAUGUUCUAGGCCACCCUUCCACUAAACUUUUCAUCACCCAUUGCGGAAACAACGGCAUCCAUGAAGCUCUCUAUCACGGCGUUCCGAUGUUGGGAUUUCCGCUCUUUGCAGAACAGGGUGAAAACUGCAGAAGAAUGAUCGCCUUCGAGUUCGGUAUAAAAAUGGAUAUUUUCACUUUCACGGAAGCUGAAUUAGUAGAAAAUGUUCUAGAAAUCCUAACAAAUCCAAAGUAUAAAAGCUCCAUAAAGCAGAUGUCGAAAGUAUUUAAAGACCAGCCAAUGGCACCUCUUCAAAAAGCUCUCUUUUGGAUGGAGCAUGUGAUCAAACAUGGCGGCAGCCACCUAAGAUCCAGUGCUAUAGAUCUGCCUUUGUAUCAGUUUCUCUGUUUCGACACCAUUGCCGUACUCCUUCUCAUUAUAACCAUCGUCACUUUUGCUGUUUUCCAAGUUUCAAAAUUUUCGUUGUUGUACUUCUACGAAGUCGACCACCAUUUUAAUAGUUUCAUCCCUAACUUUCCUAAUCAUAUUUCAGUGGCCGGGCUGACUUGCUCUCCGGCUCAAAAUCUUCCGAAAAAUAUUUUAGAUUUCAUUAACGGCAGGAUUGUUGACGGGAAGGACCCUGGUGUAAUUCUCAUGAGUUUUGGUUCUUUCGUGGAUUACAUGCCAAAUCGACUGAUCGAAAAGUUUUUUAAAGUCUUCGAAUCUCUCAAUGAAACCAUCUUGGUGAGGUAUAAGAUCAAACAGAACGACACGCAGCCUAAACCAACGAUACCAACAAACGUGAUGAUAUCAGACUGGCUGCCCCAGAAUGACCUCUUGGGCCAUCCCUCCACCAAACUCUUCAUUACGCACUGCGGCAACAACGGACAGCAUGAAGCUCUCUAUCACGGCGUCCCGAUGUUGGGAUUCCCGCUCUUCGCCGAGCAGGACGAAAAUGCCAGGAAGGUCAUCGCCCUUCAAUUCGGUUUGAUCAUGGACAUAAUGACUUUCACUGAGAAGGAGUUAUUUGGUUGGUUUAUUUCUGUUUUUUAA